CAAUUUCAUUUAAGUCAUUUUUUAAGAAUAAAUGCAAAAAAUUGGUUUAAAAAAAAAAACUGGUACCAGCCUGUCAAAAGUGAAUAUUUGCAUGUUUUCCAGUUUUCUAUGGUAGUAAACGCAACAUUUUUGGUGACUGGUGGUCAGACUAAUGUAACAAGUGUAAACGAAAGCCUGUGAGCAUUCUAGUGUAACAUUUACUGUAAGUUCGUAGGGUUUAAGAUUCACAUAAAUCAAACCUGUGGGAAAGCAGAGUUACUGUUGGCAAAAAAGUGAACACCCAGUCUGGAGCUCAGCUUGAACUCUCUUGCAUAAAACAAGGGUGAAAUUUCAGAUAUCAGUUUAUUUAAUAACAGUAAUAAUCUUUCCAUUCUGAGAGCUGGGAAAUGUACAGUAAGAGCAUGGAUUUUGUUUCUCCUGCAGUGAACACAAUCGCAACCUGAGCUUUUUUAGACACCGGUCCUCCGGUGAUUGUAAACAUCUGAAGGCAAAUGCCCGAAGACAGCAGCUCUGAGCGUCAUUUAGAAUAACAAUCUGAUGGGUGAUGGAUGAGAGGAAAUAUUAACAUUUUUAUAGGCUCUUUAGUCACACUCCUUUCAGUCCAGUGUGUUAAUUCACUCAAUUAUUAUCAAGGGGCUGCACUGUGUUGGGAUUGUUUUUGGUGUACAGUCUGCAUCGAAGAGAUGUAUAGGAUAGGAGGAUAGCAGAGUGUAAAAAGUACUGUCAAUACCAAUCACAUAUAUAAAAGUCAGUUGUAUUUAACUAUGUUUUACAGCUGAGGCAUCAGAAAUCUGUCUUUUAAAUGGGUAAUUGUAAUUGAUAAGGUAUUCCACAUACGAGCGGUAGCUGCAUCCAAAAAAGACCCCAUGCAGGCUUUAAAGGUGGCUGUAUUUCAACAUAAUUAAUAGUAAAUGUCUUGCAAGUAUAUUUAUCUGAUUUGAUUUGCUUCAGUAGCAGUAAUGUAAAUUUAUGCUGUUGAACAAUUGUUUACAGUUAACAUUACAAAUUACACAGUCUGGCUGUGGCCACCAGUGUUUUAUUAGAGUUUCCUUGUCUGUGUGUUUCCCUGUGUGUCUCUGUGUGUUCUGUCUUGGCAGAGGUGGGGCACAGCUUGUGGUUAUGUUGGCACACCUCCUUCUCAUCACCUCAUCACUCCCAGUAUAUAAACCUUGGCCCGAGCUCCACUCUUCGCCAGAUAGUUCAGCUCUGCAUAGUGACAGGCACAAAGGAUGGUACCUUUCCCUGAUGGCCCCCAACACAAAAGGACCAACAUUUGCCUGGCUGGAUCCAUCCAGACUCUACUGCAACUCCCAGGCUCUUGCAGACUGUGUCAAAGACCUUCUCAGUCCAUUCCACAGCGACACCAUUGACCUGGUUGCUGGGAUAGAUGCAAUGGGAUUCAUUCUUGGGGCAUCCGUCGCCAACACUCUUGGAAAAGGUUUCCUGGCUGUCCGUAAAGCAGGCCACCUGUGUGUCGCAACUCAAAACCAAAGCUACACCGACUACACAGGCAGAGAAAAGACUAUGGAAGUAAGACUGGAUGUGCUAAAACCAGGUGUAAGGGUGUUGUUAGUGGACCAAUGGAUAGAGACUGGAGGUACAAUGAAGGCGGCCAUCCAGCUGGUAGAGAGGCUGGGAGCCACUGUCGUAGGUGUGGCAGCUGUGGCCAUCGAAAACACUGAAGGGGGGAAGUGGAUCAAAGAAAAUUACAGAUUCUCUCACUGUAUCCCUGAAGAGCUGCAGAGCCAAAUUGAUCGGAAACAUCUCGAUUCUUUCAAAAGCUUCAACAGCUGAACAAGUAAAACUAAUUUCUCAUCAGGGUGAAGAAAAGGGUAAGACAGAGGUGGUCAAGAAAUUAUUUUACCUGCAUUUGUUUCAAGAAAUCUCCUUUAGUAUGUCAUUUUUUAAAAAUAACAUAAGCUGUACUUUGAUUUUAACUAAAUAAGAAUUUAUUCAAAAUACAUGUUAUUAACAAAACACUUCAAUAACAUCAUUUAUUUUCCCUUUUUUAAUGACUUUAUGACAUGUAAAAACAUACCAUGUGAAAAUUUUAAAGAAAAAUGAUCAAACAUUGACACACACUAUUUCUGAUAUAAAAUGAUAAUCAAAAUUCAGUCACUGAUUUGAUUGUAAACAGAAAGAAAAAAAGUACCUAUGAAGCAUACGUGUUUUUUUGUUUUUUGUUUUUUUGCAGAUAAAAGCAUCCAAGGCUGCAUCUGCAUUACUAUAACAAUGGUUCUAAAGCUGGGGGUCCAGGCCUCCAUGAGGAGUUCAAAGAUAAAUUUGAAGGGUCCAGAGAUAGUUAGCAAAAAAUUAAUAAUUUAAAAAACACUUCUGCAACAUA